AUGCAUCCCACAGAGAUACCUAUCUACGGAAACUACCAUGGAUACUACCACAAACGCCCAUCCGCCAGCGACUCCCGACUCGCCUGUCUACCUCCAAAUUUGUUCCAUGAUGCCCGCGUCCUAGACGUAGGGUGCAACGAAGGCUUCGUGACCUGCGAGAUAGCGCAGACCCUCGGCGCGACGCGCGUCGUCGGCGUCGACAUUGACGACACGCUCGUCCGCGCCGCUUGGAAGCACCGCAGGACCGUUUGGAGUCAGCAGGGACCUCCAGCACAACCGCCGCAUCGUGACGCCUGCGACGAAGGUCGCGAUCCAGCGUCUGGCCCGAGGAAACGGAGGCGGACGUCUGACUCGGGAUGCAUGCCAGCGUACUUCCCCGAAGCGUUCGAGCACAUGUUCGGGCCCUUGCCUGUGCCGGACGCCGUGCAGAGACGGACGGAUGAUGAUACAGAAGGGUCUGCAAACGCGAGGUUCCCGCAUAACGUCUCGUUCCGCGCAGCGGACUGGGUCGCGGGGCCCAUCCCGGAGGACGAAGCGGAGUACGACGUGGUCGUCGCAUUCUCGGUCUCGAAGUGGAUCCAUCUCAACGGCGGAGAUGACGGCCUGCUUGCGUUCUUCCGGCGCGUGCACAGCGUUUUGCGCGUCGGUGGCACGUUCGUCUUCGAGCCGCAGGAGUGGGACACGUAUGCGAAAGCCAAACGGAUGGACGUGAGGCUCAAAGAGAACGCGGCUGCUCUCAAGCUGCGCCCCGGCGACUUCGAGCGGGAAUUGCAAGAUCUUGGCUUUGGGCCGGCGGAACACAUGGGCACCGUGGGAGAUGGAGGAUUCCGGCGCCCUAUAGACCUCUACGUGAAGGUACGCUAA